AUGAUGCUUAUCAUGUGGCUUGUGCUGUGCAUCAUAUCAGCUGUUGGGAAUUUGCUAUCGGUGAUAACAACCGGAAUUUGGCUCGAUCAUCUCAGCAAGAUGAAAAGCCGCACUGGGAUUGUUAACGGGCUCAGCGGAGUGAUGCUUUUAUGCUCAGUUGCUGUUGGUGUGUGUUUCAUUCUGAGCGCUGUAAUGAUAUGCCAUUUUUGGAAUUUCAAUUCGCCGAAGUAUCAAGCAGUUGGGAAAAUUUCGAAACGUUCACGCUCACUACGGCGCAGAACUUCCCGUGCUGGAAGCGGCACAGAACGAAAAUCACGUCCAGAGAAGCUUGCAAGGGGCUAUCAUAUUGUAUGA